AUAAAGGCGACUUUUAUGACACCAUUAUUGAGGUUGGUAAUGAAUUGGCCAACAAAAAAACUUUUCAAGCACAUUCUAUUAUACUUUAUGGUAGAUGUGAAUAUUUUAAAGUCGCCUUAUCUCAACAAUGGGCGCGAAAAAUUGAUGAUAAAUUUUUCUUAAAUUUACGUGAUAUGAACUUUUCAGCUAAUACUUUUGAAUUAAUACUCAAUGGAUGCAUUUCGUUAAGCGAGCAUGAUACAAUUUCCAUUUUAGCUGAAUUAUUGAUUGCUUCUGAUGUCCUGCUUCUUCAAGAACUUUUCGAUCACGUAAAAUCUCAAUUAUUUGAAAAAAGGUCUCAAUGGAAUAAUGAUGACUUGAUUACACUUCUCUCGAUUUCUUAUCAAAUACCAAAUGCCAAAGAUUUAUACUCACUUUGUCAAGAUAUAAUUGAUGAUAACCCUUCUAUAUUUUUCGAUUCUUCCAAAUUCAAAACAAUUGAUGAAGAUUUACUCUUACAUGUCUUAAAAUUAAAUAUUAUUGGAAU